AUGGCUCAACUGCUUACAUCAGAACUCAUCUCGUUGGGUGCCGAGGCGAGACGGAAGCAUCCCGAAAUCAAGCAAGCUACCGAUGCUGUGCUUGCUCGGCUCAAGUCCGAACCAGAUGCUUUCCUUGCAUCAUCUCGCAAUGAUCACAGUCCGCCAUCGGAUCAUGCGCUGCUCAGACCUGUCCUGCUGAGUUGCGAGACAAAGCUAACCAAGGUUAUUUCGCUGGCUAUGGCUUUGCUCCAGCGCAUUCUCCUCCAGAAGCUCGUUCCAGAUCAAGCCGUUCCCACCAUCGUCGUCACCCUCAACAAGCUCCUUACACCACCAAGCAGAAGUGAUGUAGAUGUUCAGCUCAAGGUCCUCCAAAUCGCUUCGGCUUUGCUAACAUCGUACGCAACCCUUCACAAUGCGGACCUGUCCAACACACUCAUGCUCGGCUUCAAGCUGCAUGAAGGCAGCAAGGUUGCUGUUGUCAGCUCAACAGCCGCAGCAACGCUCAGACAGAGCGUGAUGGCAGUCUUCGAUAAGGUCAAGGAAGAAGACAACGUGCUCGAUGGUAUCAAAGGUGGCGGCGAGGAAGCAGCUGCGUUGGCGCCUUUGGCUGCUAUGUCGGUCGACCUUCCCGAUGGUUCAGUCACGCUAUUCCCUUCUUCGCGUGACGCAUACCUCGUCUUCUCAGAUCUGUGCUCUCUUGCAAACGCCGAGCCCGCUACCUUCUUAUCACUGAACUCGCUGUCAAAAACAUUCUCACUCGAGCUCAUCGAGAGCGUCCUCUCGAAUCACCAUCGUCUCUUUGCCUCUUCUCCAGGCCCGAGGACGCAGUCCAGCUCUCAUCCCGAACUUCUCUUCCUCCUGCGCGCCAAGGUAUGCCCGCUACUUAUCAAGAGUCUGAGCGAACCUCCUGCGUUCCCAGUUUAUCUCCGCCUCAUGCGCCUGCUCUUCCUCUUGCUGCGCCAAUUUAGUUCGGAUCUCAUCCUCGAGGUCGAGAUUCUGCUCUCCAUUCUUCUUCGCACCAUCAACCCAUCUGCACAAGAGGUAGCUGCUCACGGAGGCUCGCACCCCUUGCUUUGGCAGCAAGUGCUGGCUCUCGAGGUCUUGCGCAGCCUUUGUUUCGAUGACGUUUUUCUUCGAAACCUCUGGUCAUGGUACGACUCGGGUAACGCCACUGCAGAUGCCAACGACCAGGAUCGAAGCUCUGUGCCAGUUUUUGCCAAGCUCGUCGAGACAUUAAAAAGCGUGCUACUUCGAGGCGAGAAGCUUUUUGCUCUCCAAGCAUCCAUGCAAAGCGCUUCCGGCUCCACAGAAUCUCCUGACAGUCCACGUCGUAGCCGCGUCCGUCCGAGCAUCGAUCGCAGCUUCAGUGGUCUCUACGAGGCAGCAGCCGGCGUCGCCAGUGCCGCCAUGUCUGGUAUGAUUGCAUCAUCAGGAUCCAAUGGAACAGAGAGCCUUUCUUCCGCGAGCUCGCCACCAGUGCAGAUUAUCGAUCAAUUGGACAAGAUCGAUGCACCCAGCACCGCAUCCACAGCUUUGCCCAAAACUUACCUGCAGCUUCUUGCGCUUCAAUCGUGUCACUUCCUCACUCAGUCCAUGGCGGCGUACGCUCUCCCUCUUUACUCGAGAUUCGUCAACUCCCGCCCCAAAGAUGUUGCUCCAGCACCUCCAGCGAUGCAAGACGCCGACAUUGAUGGUCUUGGCAACGCCAGCGAACAGCAGGGUCUACGUCUCACAAAGGCCAUGCUCAGAAGCUCAGCCCUGUCUCUCAGCGAUGUAUUAGCACGCUAUUUGCGCGUCAAGUGCACCGAUUCCGUCUUCGAAGAGACUCUGCUGGCGCUUCGCAAUCUCACCAAUGUAACUGGCGCACUCGAGCUUGUGCAGGAUCGCGACGUCAUCCUGACCCGCUUCAUCUGUCUCGCCGUGCCGGGCUGGGACCCUGCGACACCGGCUGCUGUGCUGCGUGUCACUACAGCUGACCCGACAAGUGCACGCAAGAUGUCCAAUCGCAAUCUCGCAUGCUUAAGAGCAUUCGUACAGGUCGCCUACUAUCUUUCUGGAGCACUUGGACCCUUCUGGUAUCCGGUCCUCAGCGGGCUUUGUAACGCUCAGGCUGUACUAGCGUCCAUCAACCCGUCCAUGCAAGCUGUGGACGAAAGUUGUCGAGCCGAAACGAUAGACGAAGAUGCUGCAGGUCGCAACAAUCGGGCAACGCUCUCUACCUUGACCCACAGCUCCAUGAUGUCACUUGACACACGCUCCGGUCGCAGCCAGCUUCAGCUCCUCAACGCGGCGGAUCUGCUUCCCAACCGAUUGCAAGCACAGAUCCAGAGCGUAUUUGAGAACAGCGCGUCAUUGGAGGACAGCGCUUUUCUACACUUCAUCGUAUCUCUUUGUCGUUUGAGCACAGAUGCGAUGCAGGCAUCAGCGGAUGGCACGGCCUCGGCAAACGCAGAAAGUGGGACCAGCUCACCUCGUCCAUCUGACUUUAAGAGUCGCACAUCGACUGAGGCUGCUGUCGAGUUCUAUCCGCUCUCAUGCCUGAAUUCGGUCACGACGCUCAAUGCUCGACGACUCUGCUCGCUCCCAUCAGAUCACGGCUGGGAUGCUGUCACGAAACAUCUCAUUGAGACGCUUACCAAUGAUGGUCUCUCACCUGCAUGGCGCACGCAAGCUUCGCAAAUCGGCAACAAGCUGGCCUACGGAGCCAUGUCCGAAGCUGCAGAGACAUCAAAAAAGGACGAGAGGUUGCGCCUUCAAACGCAAGCGUUACACAUUUUGUCUAGCGCGGGAGUGCUGGGUGGUAGAAGGGCUUCAGCUGUCGAUAUGGAAGUUCGGACCGCUACGGUCGAGAAUCUAAACAGAGUACUCGAGGCCUUCGGCCAUUCCCUUGUCUACGGCUGGGAGACCAUCUUUGACAUCUGCUCUGCAACCUGCAAGGAGGACAAGAGGAGCGCGGAGACGGCUCAACCAUCUUCCACCUCUGGACAGAAGGUACAACUAGCCUUGGUGAAGGUCGGGUUCUCGUGCCUACAGCUCAUCUGCUCCAACUUCCUCACCGCACUGGACCUUGAACAAAUUCAAAGAUGCUGCGGCUGCCUCAACGACUUUGGUAGCCAAGAUUUUGAUGUUAACGUUGCGCUUACCGCCAAUGGCUGCCUGUGGGGCGUCACCGCAGAGAUGGCGGGGCGGGCUAAGGCAAAGUCCGCAAAUGGGAGCGCUGCUAUGGUCGAUGCAGACGCACAGCCAUUGUGGCUGUUCCUGCUUCAGUGCCUUCUUUCAAUCUCGCAGAGCACGCGCUCUGAAGUGCGCAACGGAGCCAUCUCCAACCUCUUCCGCGUUCUUCAGCAGUACGGUGACAUGUUGACCCCGGACGCGUGGCAAGAGAUCGUCAUCACAAUCAUCUUUCCCUUCAUUAAGUUGCUGGGCGCCUCAAUAUUUGACCUGCAAAGUGGGACGACGAAGUCGACCGUCAAGCAAGAUCGACAAGCCCAAAUGAUGGGUGUCCUCCCGAGCGAGCUCAAGCAAUGGCAAGAGUCUCAGAGCCUGGCUCUCACGCAGUUCGGCGAAGUUGUCCGCUCCUAUCUGCUGACAAAGCUCGUUUAUGGUAGCGACUUUGAAGGAAUGUGGACGAGACUGCUCGAACUGACGGAACGCAUCUUCCUGCAAGGCCCAGCUGAAGUCUCGCAGGCGGCCAUGAAGUGCUUCACCUCCUCAUUGUCAGCCAACAUGGACGAAGGGGCGCAGGCCGAAGAUGAUGUGCGAGCAAAGAUCACGGUCGCUUGGGAACAAGCUUGGAAGAUUUGGAUCAAGAUCGGCGAAUACAUCCGUAGCAUGGGCGCACAGCAACCCAAAGCAGGUCAGGAUCAGGUUGGAGAGGAGAACGAAACAACCUUCCACUUCACGCAGAAGAAUCUCCUCGCAUACAUCCAGGCAUUCCAACCAAUCCAUAGGGUCUUGCAAGCCAACUAUGACGAGUCGAGAAUCGAGACGCUACUUAUCAGCCUCAAGGGCUGUGUCUCGUAUCCGCACAGUCCGGACAACAUGUCAGACAAGUCGGGCUUGACCAACGUACAAGAGGCAGCUCGUGCGACAGUCAGAUCUGUUGCAGACGUCAAAGGUGUCCCCUCUCUCAUCCUCUCGGAUCUGUCAGAAUGUAUUUGCCUGGCGUAUUCGGGCACUGAUCAAGCAAAGAAGGGCCCCACCUUUGUUUGGCUCUCUCGCACUAGUAUUCAGGAGGCUUUCAGCGUCUUUGUCUCGCAUGAAGACGAAGCUAGCAUCUACGCUGGUGGCGCAUUCGAAAGUCUGCUUGCCGCUCUCGUCAUCCCCAUCAAGCUCAAAUACGAUUGUCCGGACAGUCCAAACUCCAGCUCAAAGACCGAUGGCAAAGCAGAGGCACGACCAGUGUGGCAACUGGCUACAUUGACACUCUGCCGUAUCCUCGCACGCUGCUGUUCCAAGCUACACGCCAGAGUAAAGAAGGAGCAGCUCGAUGCCACGACGGUAGAACGGCUGUGGACCAAGAUCGUUGACGCGAUUGAAGCUGCAGUCCUUGCUGACUCAUCCUCGGCAAGUUCCUUGCCAAAGAGCGUCAAGGAUCUCGACGAGCGAUUCAGUCUCUUCCUUCUCAGCACGAUCGAGAAGUUUGUUCUGCCUCACCUGGGCGAAAGCGAGGUGCCGGAUCAUCUCAUUGAGCGGGUUGGCCGCGCACUGGCAUUGGGCUCGAAGCUGUAUAGCUUUAAGACGGAAAGCUGUCCUGCGAGUGGGCGAGUAGAUGACCCGGUGGAAACGACCGGCGAGCGGUUCGCUUACUGGUGCUUCGACCUCUUGUUCCUCGGCUGCUGUGCCGAGUUCCACAAGGCCAUCAGUAAGACCGAAGACGCAUCACGGACGCAUCACAGAGUUGCUACAGUCUUGCUUCGUCACUUGAUCUCACGUUGCGAAGAGGUGCUACUGUCGUUUGCUCGAGACCUGCAGAUUCGCGGUAUGAUCCCGAUGCAUAGAAUUCGACAAGAAGAACUUAACUACGUCCUGCAGAGAUAUCUCGAACUGCAGCUCUCGCCUGAUACUUACAGUAGUCCUGCCACCAACGCCGACGAAUCUAAGAAAGCCACUUUGGUGACUGCUUGGCACAAGUCAGAGCGUGCUCACAUCUUCUCUGCUUUCCGACGCUUGCUGCUGCUCGUAUCGGUUCAGCAACCCUCCGCAGGCCCUUCGUCGGAGCUAGCUUGUAUUGGCACUUCACUACCUCCAAUCAUUCCUGCUGAUACAGCGGAGAUGGCUCAAGCAUUCAAAGACGUUGGGUUGGAGCUGGGAGUUGUCGGAACGACGCAAGAUGUGUUCGGCCUAGGAAAGGGCGCUGAUGCGAUGGUAAAGGCAGCACCGAGGAAGUUGGCUGCAAAAGCUCUUUCGGUCAUUGGUGACGAGCUUGCUGUUGCGGUUUUGCCGAUCUGA